UUGCUCCGAAUAGAGCUGAGCUCCCAGAAGCACUGCAAUUUCUUUAGAUUAUCCAAUAGCUGAGUCUGAUGUUUACCAAGUACAGAGAUCAAGCCAUUUCGAUUUUUUUUUUCUGUAAUAAAACUAGCCUCAGCCAGCCAGAUUGGGAAUUUGCUGCCUGAGCUGUUUUCCAACACAGUUUUGCUGGCAAAACCAGAUAUAAAAGACAGAUGCUCACAAUUUGGAAAUAAGAACUUGAAUGAAGAAUUGAGAAGGUAAGUCUCCGGUCCACACACAUUCCCAGAGACAUUCAGCCUCCAGAGAUUAACAUCACUGGGAAAGCCACACAACAAGCACUGUCUCCACUGGCAGACAAACAGAGACGCUGCUGUUCUGCUCAGAAUUGACCAGGAACCGUGAAAUCCCGGAUGGAAGGAGACGUAGAAGAUUGCCUGCUGAGUAAGGUGGACUUGAGGCGCCAAUGGAUUUCCCAGAUGGUGGAAGAGGUGCAGCAAGUUGUCCAUCACCUGACCACAGAAAUAAGCUACCAAGACUUUCGAUUUCAAGCCGUUCCUUACUGUGACACGUACAAUGAGAACAUUAAGGUCUUGGCUCCCACCCAGUUCCUCAUCACUGUCCCGAUGAGAGGCCUGGCCGGGUACAGGGAGGCCCGGCAGCAGCGCUGGCGCUACUACAGCCUGAAGGGCGCCCGUCUGCCCCGCCCCCUGCAGGACCCAGAGGGCCUGCAGCAGUGGCUAGAGGUGGAGCAGUUUCUCAAGAGCCCCGGGCAGUGGCACGAGGCAGACGUCAACAUCGAGGGAGACAUUGUGCCUGCCAAGGUCCUCCAGGUGUUCCGGAAACUGGUCGAAAACGCGAUUGAGACCUGUCACCUGUCAGGCAGGGUCCGCAUGCUAAUGGACCACCUUGUAGUUCGAGUUGUCGUGGAAACCUCUGCAGGUCAGGUGGAACUACAGCUGACCCCCUCAGUGGACAUUCCCACUGCCUGGUCCAAGAAAGCCCAGUGGCCUUCAUGUCUGAAGCGCUGGCCUUCUCCGGAGACAGUGCAAUGCAUCAAGUCAUUCGGGUUCAGCUUGCUGGCCUGUUCAAGCUAUCACUGGCAGCUGAGCUUCUUGCGGGCGGAGCAGGUGCUGCUGGAGCAGCUGGACGAGGACGGGGGCUGCCGCCGGAAGUGCUUUCAGGCCCUGAGGCAGAUGAAGGAGGACGUCUGGUGUCCAGGGACACGGCCUGUGAUCACGUCCUACCACCUGCAGACCGUGCUCUUCUGGACUUGUGAGAAGUACCCCUAUCCCAAGGACUGGCAGGUCUUCACUAAGGGGUUCCUGCGCCUGGUGAGGAAGCUGCACAAGUGUGUGAGUCAGCACUUCCUCAAGCAUUACUUCGUGCGGAAGAGCAACCUCCUGCAGCAUGUCAGUUCCUGCGAGCUGGACGCCCUGGCCCAGACACUGGCCUUCUUCCUGAAGGACCCCCAGAUCAGCCUGCCCUGAUGCUGCCUGCCCUGGGACAUUCUUGGACAUUUCAUUCAAGCUUGACCUCACUCUCUGUGGAUCAUUCCUCAGUCAAAUGCCAGGAUCUUGUCUGGGAGAGAAGCCACAGAUGGCAGUGGAAAUUACAUCGACCCAGCAGCAUUUCAGCGGGGAAACCUCUGCCCCAUGAUGUCUGGUCCACGCUCCCUGCAACCAAGCAAGCCUUUCUGCCCCACGAGCUACCUCUUCCGAGGAUGGCUCUCACUGGCUUCCCUGAGCCGUAGACUCUGAACUGAUGAUGGUUCUGAAUCUAUUUUCCCUGACUCAGGCUCUGAUUGACGGGGAGGAUGCAGGAUGAGAACCCCUGAAAGGCCAGGCACCAUCCUGCUUCCCAGGAGUGGUUUUCCAGCCCACUGAGCACAGGCUCAUGAUUUUCCAUUUGUUAAAUGGGACUAUCCCUUUGCCUCCCCCAGGGCAGGGCUGCGAGCCUACGGGACUGUGCUGCUGCCCUUUCAAGGGGAAGGCGCCGGAUAAACCCAACAUUUUAUCGUUGCUUUAGUGGCUGGGGUUUGCAUUCAGGAUCAGUAGCAACACAACUGGCUGAACGAUUACAUCUGCUAGGUGGUUAGCAUGUCUGUGCGGCCCCUGCGCCCUCCAGCUCUCCUUAUGCUGGCUGGGGCUUGUGGGUCUCCCCUGGUGUUCUCUAAGAAAGGGGGCGUGGUUCUGAUGAGUAAUGGCGUCAAAGGUGGAAGUGCAGUGACCCCGGUGCUGGCUUCCCAUGCUGUGGGUCUGGGGUGGGACUUCUACUUACGGAAGGCCCUCAGUGCUGUGAUCUGCAUGGAAUGACUUUGGUGUCAUCCCCCUCUCGGUUCCUUUCUUUGCUCACUGGUUUGCUUACUUGUUCACUGAUAAAUAUAUGUUCAUUAGGUACUGGGGGUGCAGUGAAAGCAAGGUAGGCGAGGACUCACCUGAUGCGGAUGACACCUAAUGGUGGAGACAGGAAAUGAACACCUGAUAAAUAAAUACGAUUAUUGCAAAUGCCCCAAAGGAAAUAAACAGAAUACUGAAAUAGAGCCAUGAAAUAGAGGAUGAAAUUGCGAGCAGCUGAAAGGGAAGAAAGGGGGGCCAGGGGCUGGCGUAAGUCAGACCACUUGGCCUUGUAAAGCUGGUAAGGAAUUUGUAUUUUACUCUAAAAUCAGAGGUGUGACAUUUGACCUCUCCAGAAGCAAAAGGUGUUAUGACUUGAUUUGCAUUUUAAAUGUUCAUUCUAGGAACUGUAUAAAGGGGGUCUGGGGACCCACACUAGGAUGGGGACCCUGAAGACGCUUGAGCCCACGUGUUUGAAUUUCACUGAGAUCAUCAAGGCCACACAUCCUGUGAAGCACACAGACAAGGAAUUCUAGGAGUUCUUGGGGGAUUCAGUUUCUUCUGAAACUCAUUUAUGCUUCUCAAUUCAAGGGAAUCCCUUAUCACUGAGAACAUUUCCCCCAGAUAUAUAAUUUCUAAAAGCAUGAACUGCUGAUUUUUUUUUUAAAAGAAAAGUCAUCUUUGAAAAUGAUACAGUUAUUUUUACAGUAAUGCCGUAAGCAAGUAGUGGGGUCCUUGCAUUGUCACAUUGGAAAUCAUGGUUUUAAAAUAUUGAACAAGCAUACCAUUGGUUUAUAGUUUUGAAAAAACAUGAAAUUAUGAGCAAACCAAUAUUUUGUUGGUUAUUCUGCAUUUGAAUUCUCUUGAGAAACAUCAUUUUUGAGAAGGUGGCAGAUAUAUUUUUCUAAUGAUGAAAACAGCUGAUGCAAGUUUUAAAACAGUCACAGAAUUCCAAAAAAUGAAAGCUGAUUGUACCAUCGACCUGAAGUGUAUGUAUGUGUAUGGAAAGGAAUGGGACUGACAUACUCCACAGCCUGAUUCCAGUAGAUUCUUCCCACCUUUCCCUUCAGUUUUGUCUUUUUCUGAAGAAAGUACAGCUAUGUGCACAUUCCUGGGUGUUCCUACUACUGGCCAUCAGAGGGCAGUGGGGGACUGCAUUUGAAAAGAGCCAGGUCCCCACCCAUACAGCGCAGAGCCCAGCAGGUGUCGCCCCUCUCAGCCCAUAAUUUAAACUGGCCUCUGCAAAAAGGGAACCAAGGGGAGAGGACUUCAGCUGAUGCUGAAUUGUUCUUUUCCUGCCAUUUUUUACCAAAAAAUUACCGUCUUUCUGAUUAAAGCUCCAACUUAACAACGGAGUCUAUGAGAGGAUCGUUCAUCUAUUCCAUUUCCUGGGAUAGAUUACACAGCUCUGAGAUCUCAUAAUAUUACUCUUUUAUUCAGGUCAGCUUUUUUUAAUUCUCCCAAAGCCCUUUUUCAUUCAUCUCCACUCUUCAGGUGUCCCCCAACUAUUUUUUUUAGUGGAAUAGUUGGCAUUCAGAGAUUGCAGUGGAUCUGUUUGCAUUCAUAUCCCACUUCUGAAACUAAAUGCAUGCCCUUGGCAACCUGUUCAACCUCUCUAAAUCUCCAUUACUUUAUGGGCAUUGUUAUGGCCCAAAGUUCAUAUGUUGAAGCCCUAACCACCAAUACCUCAGAAUGCGACUGUAUUUAGAGCUAGGGGCUGUUAGGGUGGGGUCCGAAUCCAAUAAGACUGAUGAUCUCAGAAGAAGAGACACAGUGGACAGGGGUGCAAAAAAUGACCACCUGAAAACUGAGGCGCAGCCUCAGGAGAACCAGCGAUGCUGGCACCUUGAUCUUGGACUUGUAGCCUCCAGAUUGCGAGAAAACAAUUUUCUGUUGUUUAAGCUAUGCUGUUGAAGUCAGUGGUAUCUUGUUAUGGUGACCCUGGGAAACUAAUACAUCAUAAGAGAACAUAUACCUCACCAGUUUGAUGGGGGAUAAAGAGAACAAUGGGUGUAAAAAGCUGUUUGUUUAAAGCUGGCAUGUAACCAUUGAAUAAACGUUUAGCAUUG